AUGGGCUUUUGCUGGAGCGGGGAGUGUGGCAACAGGCCUUGCUGGGGAGGCCAUUAUAUGCCCGGUUGGGUGGGCCCCACUGUGCUGCUCUGCAUCUAUGGUUUCUGCUCCAUGAUGAGGCCUAUAGAGCCCUUCAUGACGGAGUUCCUCACGGGAACUUACAAGAAUCUCACCACGGAGCAGGUGACCAGACAGGUAUUUCCUGUGUGGUCUUACUCCAGUUUGGUUCUCCUCAUCCCAGUCCUGCUGGUGACAGACUUCCUCAGGUACAAGCCUGUAAUCAUCCUCCAGGGGUUCAGCUAUGUCACAGCGUUUCUGCUGAUACUAUUUGGCUCGGGGGUCCGAUCAGCUCAGUUGGCCUUCUUCAGCUUCAGCAUUGCCCUGGCAGCAGACGUGGCCUAUUUCUCCUACAUUUACAGCGUGGUGCAGCCCAGCUACUAUCAGAGAGUGACCAGUUAUGUCAGAGGGGCCAUGCUACUGGGCUACGCUGUGGGCGCUCUGCUGAGUCAACUGCUGGUGUCUUUUGGGGUGUCCUUGUAUUGCUUAGCUGUUGUGUCUCUCACCUCUGUCUCUGUAGCACUGAUAACCUCCUUUUUCCUGCCAAUGCCUAAGACUAGUCUGUUUUUCAAGGGAACAUAUUCCGCACAACAGGGUAGCUCUGGUGAGGACACUCACAACUCUGAAAGCCAAGACUUUUCCAUGUGGGUGAAAAUCACAACAGCUGCCAAGCAUGUUGGGAGGAUGUUCAGAGGGCUCGUAUUGGACUGUGCUGCCGCUACUAUUGCUGUGGGACACGUGUCCCUGGACUGGUCCGUGUGGGGGGAACUGGUCCUGGGAGGUUUAACGUUCGUGAUCGCUGGGGCUAUACUCCUAAUGGAUCUGACUGACGACAUCUGGAUCAGCUAUGCAUGUUUCUUCCUCUUCAAAACAGUUUACAUGCAGCUCAGCACCGUCUGCACUUUUCAGAUAGCCAAGACGCUGAAAAUGGAGCGCUAUGCAUUGGUAUUUGGCGUGAACAGCUUUGUGAGCACAAUCCUCCAGAGUGUCCUCGCCGCUAUCAUCAACAACACUCUACAGGUCACCAUCACCUUGCAGUUCAUUGUCUACGCCUCGUACUUUGCUGCCAUUUCCCUGCUGUUCACAGUCAGAGGUAUGUAUACUCUGCUCGACAUUAAACGUCCUGUCGAAAACAACCAGGCAGAGAGAGCCACCAACUUACCAGAGCCCACACGUCUUUGA